AUGCCCCGCCUCUCAUAUUGGGUCCUACCCAUCCUCGGCGGCCUAGUCUGGCUCGCUACCCUCCUCGCCCUCCUUCUCUACUGGAUCGUGUCCACCCACCAGACACGCUACCCAUCCAUGGACCCCGCGCAGACAAUAGCCUACAUCAGCGACGUGGGCGCGGCCGAACUCAAGCCUUUGUUCAUCACCGGCUGUGUGCUCACCACCGUGCUGCUGGACGCUUCCUUUGGGGCUGAUCGCUGGCUGCGGCACCGCGGCCGGCUGGCGCCCAAUACCACGACGGGCGAGAAAGUUCUGUCCGGGUUGACCAUUGUGUUUGCGAUUGCGGGGACGGUGGGGUUGAUUUUGUUGAGUAUUUUUGAUACGGCAAGGCAUCCGCGGUUGCAUGAUGGGUUUUUGUUGUUGUUUAUUGCUGGAUAUGUGCUGUCGGCAGUGUUUAUCUGCUGGGAAUACCACCGGUUGGGGAAGAACUACCGCGAACACCGCAUCCUCCGCCUCUCCUUCCGCAUCAAACUCGCCUUCGUCAUCAUCGAAGUCCUCCUCGCCAUCGCCUUCGUCGCCUGCACCUUCACCUCCCACUUCCAGCCGGGCGCCAUCCUCGAAUGGGUCAUCGCCUUCAUCUUCUCCGCCUACGUCUUUUCCUUUUUUGUCGACCUCUACCCAGCGGCCGCCACAAAAAGCCCACAAGCCCGCUUCACCAACGGCCGUGCCGCAAAUGGCGAGAAGCACCAACAUCGUCGUGCCGGGAGUGAUGGGGGAGGUCUCGUCCCUGGGAUGGGUACAUCGCCCAAGAUGCGGCUGACGCGUGGACGGGAAGGGUUUGGAGGGGUGGUGCCUGGGCAGGCUACGCGGGGUGUUCCGACGAAUGGGUAUGGGUAUCGGGAGGCCGGGGAGAUGGAGGAAGGGUCGAGUGAGGCGGCGUUGAAUGGGAAUAGUGCGCCGGGUGUGACGUCGUUUGAGGCGGCACGGGUUGCGCAUGGUCGGCGGUCGGGGUCUAGGAGUAGGGUUAUGGCGAGUAAUUUUUAG